AUAACUUCCAUAGCAUGCCGCGGCGGCUGCGGGGGGAGGAAGUUACAUGCGGUACCGCGCUGUAGCUGUGCGUGUGUGAUGUGCGGCCGCAGUACUAGUCUCUCUGACACUGGCAGCGGCUGCACAUUUAUAGCAUCAGCAGCACACAGCCCUCCUGCCGCCCGGUCACCCGAGGAGGGAGAUAACAAUGCACAUCCCAAGAUUUUAGAUUGUGUCACCAACAUCCUCAUCACUGAGUUACAGAGAAGCAGUUCAUGAAAGACAAGAGCAAGUUAGCUUCAGCCCGGUCUGAGCAAGGAAAAUCCUCAUCCACCCCUCAUCACUCCCAGAUGUCUCGCUCCUCUCCUCCUCCUCCAUCAGUUACAGAUGCAGAAGAGCUGCAAGUUGAUUUUGGGCCGGAUGGCAGUCCUCUAGGUCCCACUCCAAGUCAAAGCCGCUUCCAGGUGGAUCCGGUCACUGAAGUAGCCCGGGAAGCAGCAGCAGCUGGAGGGCAAGAAGGUCCUGCUGAUGGCAUCACUCAUAGGGGAAGGGGUGGUUCAGGUGGAGAGGAGGCUAAAGGACGAUUUAGGGUAAACUUUGUGGACCCAGCAGAUCCUGAUGGAAGCUCCCCUGAGAUGCCAAGUGGUGAGGGAGGAGGUGGGGUGAGCUUUCAGAAUGGUGACACAGUGCUAAGUGAAGGUAGUGGAACCGGCCAUCACUACCACUAUGACACUCAUACCAAUACUUAUUAUCUGCGGACUUUUGGGCACAACACCAUUGAUGCAGUGCCCAGGAUUGAUCACUAUCGGCACACAGCUGCCGACCUUGGCGAGAAGUUGUUGCGACCCAGCUUGGCAGAACUGCAUGAUGAAUUUGACAAGGAACCAUUUGAAGAUGGUUUCGCCAAUGGAGAAGAAGGAACACCAACAGGCGAUGCUAUGACCAAUCAUACUGCUGACAGUAAGGGAGUGGUGAAAUUUGGCUGGAUUAAAGGUGUAUUGGUACGAUGCAUGCUAAACAUAUGGGGUGUGAUGCUGUUCAUCAGGCUGUCGUGGAUUGUCGGGCAGGCUGGAAUCGGUUUAGCUAUUGUUGUCAUUGCAAUGGCCACUGUGGUGACUACCAUCACUGGAUUGUCUACGUCCGCCAUUGCUACUAACGGGUUUGUUAGAGGAGGAGGUGCAUACUACUUAAUUUCUCGCAGUUUGGGACCAGAAUUUGGAGGGGCAAUUGGGCUCAUCUUUGCAUUUGCCAAUGCUGUGGCAGUUGCGAUGUAUGUGGUGGGCUUUGCAGAGACUGUUGUAGAAUUACUGGCGGAAAACAAUGCCCUGAUGGUCGAUGAAUUUAAUGAUAUCCGAAUCAUAGGUGCGAUAACAAUUGUUCUGCUACUGGGUAUCUCUGUAGCUGGAAUGGAAUGGGAAGCAAAAGCCCAAAUUGUGCUGCUGGUAAUUUUAUUAUUGGCAAUAGUUGACUACUUUAUAGGAACUGUUAUACCAUUAGAAGACAAGAAGGCCAAGGGAUUCUUUGGAUAUAAAGCUGAAAUAUUCAGUGAAAACUUUGGACCAGACUUUCGGGGUGAUGAAACCUUCUUUUCUGUCUUUGCCAUAUUCUUUCCUGCUGCAACUGGCAUCUUAGCCGGAGCAAAUAUCUCAGGUGAUCUUGCGGACCCUCAACUAGCCAUACCCAAAGGAACUCUGCUGGCCAUUCUUAUAACAACUGUGGUGUACAUGGGGGUUGCAGUGUCUGUGGGUUCAUGUGUCGUCCGAGAUGCAUCUGGGAGCGUUAAUGACACCCUUUCUGCAGCAGUGACAAACUGCACCAGCGCAGCAUGUAGCUUGGAUUAUGACUUUUCUGCCUGUAUACCAAAAUGUAAAUUUGGACUUAUGAACAACUUCCAGGUCAUGAGCAUGGUAUCUGGAUUUGCACCACUUAUUACUGCAGGAAUCUUCUCAGCCACCCUUUCUUCAGCUCUUGCCUCCUUAGUGAGUGCUCCAAAGGUUUUCCAGGCCUUGUGCAAGGACAACAUUUACCCAGGUUUUCAGAUGUUUGCUAAGGGAUAUGGCAACAACAACGAACCCCUCCGUGGCUAUCUUCUCACAUUCAUUAUCGCAUUGGGAUUCAUAUUAAUUGCUGAACUAAAUGUGAUUGCUCCCAUCAUUUCAAACUUCUUCCUGGCAUCAUAUGCCUUAAUAAACUUCUCUGUGUUCCACGCUUCUCUUGCCAAGUCUCCAGGUUGGCGUCCUGCCUUCAAGUACUAUAACAUGUGGGUGUCUCUCAUCGGGGCCCUCCUUUGCUGCGGUGUCAUGUUUGUUAUUAACUGGUGGGCCGCCCUUUUAACAUACGUCAUAGUCAUUGGAUUGUAUAUAUACGUCACAUACAAGAAGCCUGAUGUAAACUGGGGGUCUUCAACACAAGCCUUGACCUAUCUGAAUGCACUGCAGCACACCAUUCGGCUGGCAGGUGUAGAAGAUCAUGUGAAAAAUUUCAGGCCUCAAUGUCUUGUUUUAAUUGGCGCACCAAAUUCACGUCCAGCUCUCCUCCACCUAGUACACGCCUUUACAAAGAAUGUUGGUUUGAUGAUCUGUGGGCAUGUGCACAUGGGUCCUCGAAGGCAAGCUAUGAAGGAAUUGCUUACAGACCAGGCUAGAUACCAGAGGUGGCUUAUUAAAAACAAGACCAAAGCUUUCUAUUCACCUGUGCAUGCGGAAGACUUGCGGGACGGAGCCCAGUAUCUCAUGCAGGCUGCUGGGUUGGGGCGAAUGAGACCAAAUACCCUUGUGGUUGGCUUCAAAAAUAAUUGGAUUCAGUCUGAUAUGAAAGAAGUGGAAAUCUACAUUAAUUUAUUGCAUGAUGCUUUUGAUUACCAGUAUGGUGUUGUUGUCAUCCGUCUCAGAGAAGGAUUAGAUAUUUCACAUCUCCAAGGACAAGAGGAAUUGCUGUCUUCACAGGAGAAGUCUCCAGGCACCAAAGAUGUGGUGGUAUAUGUAGACUACAGUAAGAAGGCUGAGGCAGAGUCUUCUAAACCUUACUCCAGUGAUGAGACAAGUUCCAUGACGAGAAAAGAUGAGGAAGACGAUGGAAAGACUCCUACACAACCCCUGUUGAAAAAAGAAUCUAAAGGUCAAGGAAUAACACUGAAUUCUGCCGAGCAGAGACUUCUGGACGCCAGCUUACAGUUCCAGAGAAAGCAAGGCAAAAGCACAGUGGAUGUGUGGUGGCUGUUUGAUGACGGAGGUCUGACACUGUUAAUCCCAUACUUGCUGACAACAAAAAAGAAAUGGAAAGACUGCAAGAUCAGAGUUUUUAUUGGUGGAAAAAUUAACAGGAUAGACCAUGACCGCAGGGCGAUGGCGACAUUACUUAGCAAGUUUAGAAUUGACUUCUCUGACAUCAUGGUCCUUGGUGAUAUCAACACAAAGCCAAAGAAAGAAAACGUGGCAGCUUUUGAGGAGAUGAUUGAACCAUUUAGAUUGCGUGAAGAUGAAAAAGAUCAGGAUGUAGCUGACAAAAUGAAAGAAGAGGAACCUUGGAGAAUAACUGAUAAUGAGCUAGAACUGUAUAAAACAAAGACUCACCGUCAGAUCCGGUUAAAUGAGCUGUUGAAAGAGCACUCAAGCACAGCCAAUGUCAUUGUCAUGAGCCUUCCAGUUGCAAGAAAAGGUGCAGUGUCCAGUGCACUUUACAUGGCAUGGAUAGAGGCCCUUUCUAAGGAUCUCCCACCCAUAUUACUUGUACGUGGAAAUCACCAGAGCGUCCUCACAUUCUACUCCUAAGUGCCGCAAGCCACAAUGCCCUGAGGAAAUGGUACUCCAGCAGCUGGAGCGCACGUAUCGUCGCACUCUCUCCACCCCAGAACUUCUUUCAUGAUUCCAGAGACUCGAUAGCACAUGGAGAAAAGUAACUGUGUUUCCACGCUUGAGAAAAUAUUGCAGUCGUACUGCUUCUGUUACAUUACCAGUGGAUCUUGGCUUCAUAAGGGAGAUUCCUAUGUAUGGGACUCGGAUACAUGGAAGUUUAUUUAUCUGCUACUUGAAAAGCAGCAAUAAAAGUGUGUUUGUUUUUAUUUUGACCAGUGAAAGGAUUCUAGAUUUGUAAAAGCCUUUAGCCUUGAGGUGCCUUUUUGAAAAUUAACCAAACUUCAUCCAUCCCCCCCCUUUUUUUAUAAACUUGUAUAGAAUGUACAAAAUAUGCCUUUCAGCUAGGACUUCAGUUCCAAACCUUUAGCUUCUAGUUUCUUCCACAUUUGACGAUAACUUAUGCUGCUUUUUCCGUCUUCCAUCAAGCAUAAACAUUGUUAUUUUGUAUUAUUUUUGUUUAGUGUGUGCUAGAAAAAUUCACAGGGUUUUAAUAAGACCGCUGUUACAAUAAAACAGAACCAAGUGACCACAUUGGUGUAUUUGAACAACUGAAAAGGUUAUUUUUUAUUUAUCUUUCAACCCCAAUAUGCAUGUACAGUGUGGAUAUGAAGGGAUGACAGCUUUUUAUUUUCUACCGAAACAUUGGUAGAACACUGCCUUCAUACAAUAAACAAUUGCCACCAAUCUCUAUUGGGUCAUUUAAUUAAUGAGGUAAAGAGUUCUUUCACAGCUAAGCACAAAUUAUUUCAUCCCACUGGCUGCAGAUGAGGUGUAUAGUGUCUUCUUUCUAGAAGUUCAUUCAUAAUAAGUUGAUGGCUUUGUCUUGUGGUUUCAAGUAAAUCAGUUAAUUACAGUUUGCAAUCCACUAUGUGUGAGAAACAGAAUAGCUUACAUUACGGAUGUUACUAUAUAAAAACUCAGGUUUGCUCAAUUAGCGCAUUCAGUUGAUAAACUACAUUUGUUACCACAACUACAUUUGUUACAUACACAAAUUGGUGGCAGCCAUUUUGUUAGGAAUUAGUGAUGUCAGUUGUUCCUAGUUAAAGAUUGGUUCCUUUCACAAAAUGGCUGUCUCCACAUGUAUUGUAAAUUAUGGCUUCAUGACUAAAUGUUUAUAUUGUUAUACUCUGGGGUUUGUUUUUUCUUUAUUAGAAAUACAAGAGUGCAAGUUUAGCAUUUUCUGUUUGUCGUUUUGCUAUUGUCAGCAUAGAGUAAUUCCUGCAAUAAAGAGACAGAAUGAGUUUUCAAA